AUGCCGGUGAUCCAGCUGAUCCCGAUGGAGUCCUCCCGGGUGAAGAACCUCGGGACGUUCCGGGCCCCCGUCUACGUCACCUCCGAUCGCCGAAACGCGGCGGGGGUCGGGAUGGUCUUUCAGGUGGACCUCCCCACACGCCAGCACCCUUCCAUUUGGAUCUUAGAGUCGGUUGCCCUGAUUAUCGACUCGGAUGAGUAG